UAUAAGACUGUGAAGCAGGGGGUGCUGUUCCAGAAUCUCUCGGCCUGAGCCCGUCUCCUGCAGCCACAACUGUCGUUAUCGCACUGUUUGCUCUCCGCUGGCUGAUUAUUUCUUCUUUCGACCCUCUUGCGCCUGUUCUUUAUCACCCCGUCUCCACCCCCUGCUUUCUCUUCGUAACUUAAAUCUCUGCGUACUUGGAUCAUCCAUUCUUCUUGUUAUUAUUAUUAUUAUUAUUAUUGUUCGCUCUUCACCGCAUCCAGUUCACUCCCUCUGUGCAAAUCUUCUUCCCCCAUAAAGCCCGCUGGACGGCAUUCCGUCUCGUCUAUUCUCACUCCUUCCGUGGCACACUCUGCCGUACUCCUGCACGAUUCAACCCCGCCUCCCUGGAUACGGAUACCCUAACCUCCUUGCUCCACCGGUCGUGACGAUUUUCUUUUCUGCUGGGAACGAAUACCCAGACUUGUUGCCGGAACCGCCAUUGGUAGUGUGAUGCUGUCCGGAAGAUCCACGCUGGAAUUCUGCGUCUUGUUUCGGACUGCUUCUGCUCUUGCCUGUGCUUGUGCUGUCUAGGAUGGGUAACUCGCAAGGGAAACCGGUGUGCUUCACCGAUCAAGUCAACUUGAACCAUUUCCGUCUCCUGCGUGUGGUUGGCAAAGGCGCUUUCGGCAAGGUUCGAAUCGUCGAACGGAAGGAUACUGGGUUGACAUUCGCUUUGAAGUAUAUUCGCAAAGAGGAAGUGGUUCGUUCGGAGAGUGUACGCAAUAUCAUCCGCGAGCGGCGAAUGCUCGAGCAUCUUGACCAUCCUUUCUUGUGCAAUCUGCGAUACAGCUUUCAGGAUAUAGAGUACAUUUACAUCGUGGUUGAUCUCAUGAAUGGCGGCGAUCUUCGAUUUCAUAUCUCGAGGAAAUGCUUUACUGAAGAAGCAGUACGAUUUUGGAUAGCGGAACUUGGCUGUGCCCUGCGAUAUAUCCACUCACAGGGCAUCGUGCAUCGUGACGUUAAGCCUGAUAAUGUGCUGCUGGACGAGGAUGGACAUGUCCACUUGGCCGACUUUAACGUGGCAUCGGAUUUCAGACCGGGGAAGCUUCUUACAAGCAAAUCAGGCACGCUAGCAUAUCUAGCUCCCGAGGUAUACGCUGGUCGUGGGUAUCUCUCAGAGGUGGAUUGGUGGUCACUGGGAGUCACACUCUACGAGUGCAUCUACAGCAGGCGACCCUUUGAGGGCCGUAGCCAGGAUACACUGAGCGAAGGCAUCCAAAAAGCCCAGCCGAAGUACUACGUCACCAACCCUGCGGUGUCCGUUCCGUGUCUCCGGGCCAUGGCCGCCCUGAUGGAGAAGGAUAGAUCCAAGCGGAUCGGGGCGAUAAGUUGGGAAAGUUUCACGACGCAUCCCUUCUUUGCGGAACUGGACUUUGAGGCCCUGGAGCGGAAAGAAGUACCGCCCAUCUUUAAACCAGCAAGUGAUAAAACCAACUUUGACGCAACAUACGACCUGGAGGAGUUACUCCUCCAAGAGGCCCCACUGGAAGCUCGAGCCCGUCGACAGAAACCGAGAGCAACGUUGAGGGAAGACGCAACUGCCAAGGAAAUUCGAGAGGACGAACUCCAUCGUCUCAUCGAGACCAUGUUUGAACCCUUCGACUAUACAACAGUUGGAUAUCGAGGCAACGCUGCCGAAGCCGUCGCAGCAGUAGAGUCCGCCGAAAACGGACUUCCUCCCGCUGCUGCGAUACCGACACCCUCAACGCACGCGAGGCAAGUUUCUCAGACGGUGCGCUCCAACGGAUCGCCGCCCCCACAUCACGAUAACCCGAUCAACCGAAUGAACGAGCCUGAACCCGUUGUGUUGCUGGACGAGUCCCUUGCACAUCAGGACGUGCCGCCCCACGCCCCCGCUCCUCCAUCUUCCCCUCCGCCGCCUAUUCCGUCCUUUCACAAGCCAUUGACAUCUCGACCUCAUGUAUCUGGUCGCAAACCAAGUAAAGGUGGCGGAGUGCAGAUGGUUUUGGAGGAAACAGGUAGCUGGAGCGAGCUAGCCGACCACAAUGUUACGACCCUCUCAGGUGAUGGAUAUGACAGUCUAAGUGGCCGCAAGAACCGUGGCGUGUUCGGCUUCCUGCGGUCUAAGGGCCGGGACCGGAGUCCGAAACCGACAGAGCCAGGCGUUUUGGGCAAGGAGGGAACCAGGCAGAUUAUUAAUUAGUUUCGGUGGAGUACUGUCACCUUGAAUGCUUCUGAUCUGCGCGGUUCGGACUCAUUUGACAGCGGUUCUAUGGAGUUGCUGACUAUCACCACCGCUGCAUCUUGGGAUGGAUAAAAAAAAAAAAAAAAAAAAGGACCAAAAUGCUUUUACAAUUCUUUUUCGCUUGAGAGAUGAAGGCUCGCUGUAUUUUCGACCCAGCGCUGAACACGUCUCUCGAUUUGAUUUUGCUUGUUCUACUGAUCCCUUGAAUUCUUCCGAAAGUGCGGAACAGUCGAAGAUUCCGCUCCCCCCUUUUCUAUUUCCCCUUUCGAUUCAGUGCAAGUUCUCAUAUAAUUAUUCUGGUUUUGCUACGGAGUUGUACAGAGGGGGCUGGCAGGCAUUGACAUACCUAUAUACGACAUUGCAUAAUCAGCAUAUUGGAUGAGGUUUUCUGGCGCGGUUUGAAGCGGUUCAUUUGCUGUCAUUCUUCGGAGGCGUUUUGCAUGCAUAUUUCUUUGCUCAUGGCCGGCUGUACGAGACAGGACGCUGAUUUGCCGUCUGUUAUAGACUUAUUCUAUAUAGCUUAUAAUUACUAUUUUGUCCAC